AUGUGCCAGAAUGGCGCCAGCGUAGAAUUUUUGGCUCAAAUGAAAAACAAUCUUGCCAACCAGAUUCUUUUAGAGAAAGUAAGAGAAGAGAAAUCAAAUGACCUGCAGAAGAUAAGUAAUAAAAUCAUCGAAAAGCUUCCCGACUAUCCAAAAUUUGAGAUGGAAGAAUAUGGAAUCAGACAUCGUUUAGUUGAUUAUCCAUUUGUGGCAACUCAUGCAGCUCAUCUACUCAUCCAAAUUAAACAUCACUUGAAUUUGAAAUUAAAUCAAUCUUUCGCUAUAACUGUUGCAAAAAAAAAAAUUAACAGCCAUGAGAUCGCGAUGACGUAA